CGGAGGCGAACGAGUAAAAGGGAAGAGAUGCGGUGCGAACAGUCCGUGCCGUCUCUCGAGCGGCUCGGGCUCCGCUCUCCGCGACGAGCUCCCACUAUUGCCCGCCUUCCCCCCCCCCCCCCCCCCCCUCGACCUCUCCGUUCCCCUUUAUCUCUCUGUCGCGUCGUUCCUGUGGAGAUUUUAGGGUUAAGGCUCCUCCUCUAUCCCGCUUCGCCCGCAGCUGCGGCUCACCCGAGACGCUGACACACUUCUUGCUGAUCGAUUCCCCGCGGAUGGGGCCCCGCGCCAACGAGCGGGAUUUCGUGAUCAAGGUAAAGUGUGGUGAAACACUCAAAUGGUUUAGUACCUGCAUCUAUGGAGACAUGAUAGACCACAACAUGACUAGACUGAGAAAGAAGAUUAUCAACCUUUUCAAGCUCAGUCCAGAAGCUGAUUUUGUUCGUAUCUAUAUUGAUGUAGAUGGUGACAUUGUAGCACUAGAUGAUGAUGAUGAGUUGCAUGAAACUGCAAUUAAUCAACCCUUGAAUCCUCUUAGGAUCAGUGUUUUGUUGAGAUCAAAUGCUAGUGAUGGGCAUGACCUGAAACAUGAGAACAUGAGCUCUGCAACUGCAGUGCUACCACAAGUAGAUAAGCAGCCAUUUGAAUUUAGUUCUGUUAUUAAUGAAGCAUUCAGAUCUGUCCCUGAACAAUUUUGUACCGCACUUUCCAACAUCUCUCAUGAUUUCCUUUCAAAGGUUGCAUCAUCUGCACCAGCAAUAGCUGAUGUUCUAGACCACUUUUCCAAGUUAGAAAUACCGAGUUGUAGUCAGACUGUCAACAGCUCAACUGGUGAAUCAUCAGGAACACCUAGUCAGUUGACAAGUCAGCCAAAGAAUCAUAACAUCAGCAGGGAACCAUAAGUUCCAAGUAGCUCUGCUCCAGUAUCAACAAUUCUGAUCCAGUUUGAGAGAACCUGCAUGAGCAUGAGUGUGGUAAUGGAAAUCAGGUUGGUAUAGUUAAGACUCGUACCUCUCAUGAUUUUAACAAAUAUAGUUCUCAUUUUCCAACAUUUGAGCAAGCAUCUGGGCACCCUGACAUCAUUUUGAUUACCAAUGAGUUCUCACUUCUCUGAUCAUCAAAAGGAAAGUGGUAGUUUUGGUUGUAAAAGAUUGCAGAACAAAAUAAUGAAACAUUUAAUCCUUCUCCUUCCCCGACUAAUGUGCAUGGAUUUAUUGGCAUGGUGGCUGGUGACAACAGUAAACAACCUCCAACUGGUGCAGCCCCUUCGAGAGCACUAACUGACUUUAGUUUCCAGGGAGGCAAGCAGCAUGGUACUACAGCUACAGCUGAUCUUCCUUCUCCAAAUGGCUUGCACUCCGUUGGCCAUUCUAACCAGAGGGAUGAUGUAUAUAAUGAUAACGGCCAUCCUUUUCACAGGGGAAUUAGAUAUGAUGGCUGUGGAAUGUACCCAAUCAUUGGUCCAUGAUUCAGAUCUCUAAUGUGUAAUGCAAUACAUUUUAAUUGUUUGAUAAUGCUGUUCACUGUGAAUCUUCUUAUAUUUUAAUAUUGUUUUUGGCUUUGCAGGAAGGAAGACUAUGAUUUAUGUACCGUUUGUUUCUCUAAGACGAGUAAAGAAGCUGACUUUACCAGGAUUGACAUGGUUCAUUUAUCUCAUAAUAUAGCAUAGUCUAAUCGUAUAUUUACUUAAUUUAAUUUCAUAAUAUAAGAUGCGCUAACUGCUUCUGCAUUCUUAAUUCCAGCAUUCUAGACAUCGGAUCUCCUCACCUCAUUUACAUGGUUUUGGUGUGAGGCGAUCAAGACCAAAAUUAGAAAGUUGCUUUAUCAGAAUAUAACUGUGUUAGAUGGAACCUUGAUGCCUCCUUCGACUCGUUUUACUAAGAUAUGGCGGAUGCAAAAUAAUGGUACUACUCGAUGGCCUUACAGAACAAAGCUUGUUUGGGCUGGUGGUGAUAAAUUUGCUAACAAGGACUACUGUCCUUGCAAAGAACUGCCAUUUUCAACUUACUAGAUGAGCCAUGAAGUUAGAAUCUCAAUCCAUGCAGAUUCCUGUUGAUGGAAUUUCUGUGAACAAGGAAGUUGAUGUUGCAGUUGAUCUCACCUCACCAGCAGUGCCUUGCCUGGUAGGUAUUUUUCAUAUUGGAGAUUGGCGUCACCUUUUGGUCAAAUGCUUGGACAACGAGUUUGGGUUCAUAUUGAGGUCUGUUUUUGAUACUAUUUAUUUCAUUGUGGUACUUUUAUCUUGUGUGUUCUGUUAUAUAACUGCCCCUCAUUACUCAUACAGAUGGUUAUCUCUCAACCAAACUCUGCUACUGGAGGUCUCAAUCCUGAUUUGAAUUUGCCACCUGAAAACACUAGUCGAGGUUGGCUUGGAACAAUAGAUGCUGAACCCUUUCAUAAUGUUGCUCCUAAACCCAUUUCCAGCAACACUUCAGGUGAACUGGUUAAGCCAUUUGUCAAUCAAAUCCCAAAUAGAUGGUUGUCAUCCUCUUACCAUUAAGGGAACCGCACAGCCUGCAUCUAUGGUGCUUCCUCCUGUAUCAAAUCCUAACAUUAAUUCGACAGUGUCCGAAUGGUAAUCAUCUUUGGCCACGGCACCUUAACAGAAAGUCAUCCAUAUUAGACAACCAAUCAAUAAAAACCUUUGGUUCCAACAUGCCAUCAUUAACUUUCCUAAAGAUUGUGUCUACUAUGACCUAGGUCAUUUUGAUAGUUCUUGUGUACAUGUGUCAUGAUGGUGCAAGUGGUGGUGCAUGAGGCCUUUCAUAUACUCUUUUGGGCUUGUACUCGAAAUGUUGUGAGUAAUUUCUAGAACUAUUAAUUUUUUGAAUGUGAUUUUUCUCUUGGUCCAACUCUUGAUCUGCCUUAGUAUGAUUUGAGUUAUCAUUAUUUUGAGUUGGAUCUAGGACCGUUGAAGUUUUAGCCUUCUCAACAUAUUAUGAAACUAUGGUAGUUUUAGCCUUCUCAACAUAUUAUGAAACUAUGGUAGUAGAUGAAGUAUCUAGGCAAACUUUGAUAUUAAGUAGUUUAUGUGCAAAAGACUCGUACCUUUUCUUGAGACUACAUAAAAGUUUGUCUCUUUGUCUAUUAGUCAUAAGACCAUUAUAAGGUUGUUCACUUCUAGUAGACAUGAUUGGGAACCUAUUCUGAUACCAAUUAUGAUGUAGGACAAUCCUAAAACAAUGCUUAAUAUGAAGAGAGAGGUGGUUUGGGUGAGUAAUAAAUUAAAAAAAGGGGGCUAAUAUAGAUAGAUAUGUCGUGAGAGAAACUCGAUUUGGAAAAAUAUUGAUUUAAGCAAUAGAGAAUAAAGCGAAGAUUCAAUCACAUACCAAGAUUAAGAUAAUUCAGUACAUUAUAUCGGGUCAUUUGAGAAGAUAGUAUUUCAUAAUAUUCUUGUAAAAUAAUCUUCUUUUUUGUGAUGAUGUUAUUUCCUUUUUCUUAUAAGAUGAUGAUUCUGUAGAAUUAUCUUUCUUCUUUGUAUAUAAUGUACUUCAAUUCUUGUAAGAUGAUUAUUCUUAUAAUAUUCUCUUUUAUUAUUAAUUUUCUUUUAUUUUGUUAUCAAUCUAAAAGGUAAGAUGCUAAAAGUAAGAUGACUAUCAAUCCAAAGUGAUUCGGUUCAGUUCUUUUUCUUUCCAAGUCUUCCAAAUGUUGCCUUCUUUCCAUCAACACUUGUUAAUUGGUUGCAGGGUUUCUCAGAGAGGGCGAGGAACAAGGAACCACUAAUAAAAAGCGGUGGCAGCGUUAAGCAAGUUUAAUGGGAUCUUCUUGUUGGAGACAAAGCUUUUUAUUUCCAAACAAGUCUGUAAAUAAUUAUGUACAACCACGUGAUGAUGAUACUGUUUCUUCCCUGGAUAGAUUUUUUACUGUUUUUUGCUUCAGUACUACACUGGCCGCAACUUAUGUAUUAUCUGCAAUAAUAUUUUGGAGCAUUAAACAGAUCCUUUAUCUUUCUUUUGCA